UGAUACACGUAAAACAUGUAACUUUACAGACUUUACUAGAUUUUAUGUUCAAAGUCGGUGACUUCGCUCUGUACAAUGAAAAAGAAAGAGAUGCGUUACUUAAGGAUACGUAUUAUUGACACAAGUCAUCUGUAUUCCAAACCUAUGUUUUUACCGCGAGUGCCUUUUCUUCAGUGAUAUGCAUUGAUAUUUCUCCUAUAAUUUUUAUAAAACUUACUAGUUUCUUCAUUACUCAAAAGUGAAUAAGUAUCUAGUUGCCUUUAAUGCUAAUUUUCAUUCAAACUCAGUGCUAUCUAUGAGUUGAUACUCUAUUGUUGGUUGUAUUGAUUUAUGCCAUUGCAAGUUUUCGAGUAUAAAAUACCUAAUAGAUACUUAAAAUGAAGACCCGGCUGACAUCUGUGACAUACUUGGGCUAUACGGCAAUGGACAGGCGCUUCUCCAACGCCAUGCUUCCAUGGUUACUACGGGAAAUUCGAACUACUGGCAUUGGAGAUAAGUUAAGCAUAGCAAUAGAAGAUGGGUGCUUGAAAGCGUACAAUGGCAAUUUCGAGCCCGUUAUAGUUCAUAGAUUAGUAGAUAUUUUAAGAGCGAGCCAAGUACCUGGUCGGCCGGAGGAGCUGUUCUACAUACUGCUGAACGAGAAGGAAGGACUCCUCAACUGCUAUUUAUAUAAGGCGGCCACUGUACACGAGGUGACCGAUCUUUUCGGACAGAUGCGAGAGCCGUCGCCUGGGGGUUCAAACCCCAAGGGCUCCGCGGGGGCGUUACCUAAUGGCUCAGUUACCAAGAACAUAGGCUUCCAACAGCAGCACACAUCGGAGCUACCAUGGAGCAGCCCCGCCAUCUCCUUACCCGGCAAUUGUAAUAAUAAUUUGACGAGUGAACCUCCUCAGUCAGGGCUGGUCCGUAGUGUUAGCAAUGCAUCUACAUUAACUUCAUUAUGUGCUGAUCUGUCACCCUCUGACUCUCAUUUUUUUGAGGUUUUGUACAUAGGUAAAGUUAGGAUAUCCCAAAGAAAAGUUCCCGACUCACUAAUAGAUGACGCGUUAAACAAAUUCGCAUUGCAUGAAGCUGAAAAAAUUAAGAAUCAAAGGCGACAUAGCUUAUACCCGUCUUCCACAGAGACUUGUAACUAUAAUAAUGCUUCAACGGAAAACCUGGCUGAUAACGAGAAAGAAAAAUGUAAUUUAAGUACAACGCCUUUGGCACCUGAUAAAAUAAUUAAAUGGGACAGCAUAGACACUGUAGAUAAGCAGUCAACAGUCGAAAAUAAUGAAAUCGACAAAGAAUUUGACAUGUUCACUAAAGAAAGGGUAGAGAUUAAUUCACAAAUGCGAAAAAGUCAAACAUUGGAAUCUAUGUCUUCAAAUAUACAUAAAAAUAACCUAGGAACAGUUACAGAGGAUGAAGAAAAACAUGACAUACAAUCUAUAAUUACUGAAACAGCUUCGUCUAUAACAAAAUUUUGUGAAAACACUAUUAAGGAUGCAAACAAAAUUGACGUUAAUAGUAUAGUCAAAGACCCAUCCCCGGGAAAUAAUAAACAAAGUACAGAAAUAGAAACAAAGGAAGAAAAUAUACAACAAUCUAAAGAUAAAUUAAGUCAACAAGACAGAAAUGAAAGUAAAGAGAUUAUAUCAGAAAAUGAACAGAGUUUAAAAUCAAGUAUAGAAAAAUUUAACACGUUAUCUAGUACGAAAUUAUUUAAUAAAGAAAUUAAAAGAUGUAUGGUAGAGAAUAAACCGUUUUUGAGAGACAGAUCAGCGUCGAUCGGAACUUUGAAUCUAAAGACGCCCAUAGCUCACUUGAUUGGAGAACAAAAUAGAACUAUGUUAUUUCAAGUGGGUCGUUCAGAACUGCGUCUUAUCAGUCCAGACAGAAAGCAGAUACUUCUUCACAGAGCAUUUAAGGAUGUUGCAAGUUGUGUGCUUGGUCGUAUUAAUAGGGAUCACUUCGGUUUUGUGUGCAGAGAGAAUAAUGACAGUUAUGCGUGUUACGUGUUCAAAUGUGAGAGCGAUUCUGUCGCUACAGAAGUUGUUAAUGCUAUAAAGCAAGCAUUUUUUGCCCACGCGGAAUUACUCAAGAAAUCCAGAGAGAAAUCACCUAAUAUGACAUGCGAGCAUUGCCCUAUGCUGUGGUACCAUAGAUUAUGUCAUGAUAUAGAAGGUAUGAAUGAAAAGAAAACGCACGCUUUUAUCCUGAGACGCAUAGAACAACUGUCUGAGGAUGAACAGGAUCUUAUUAUCACCAAAUAUCAAGGCGGCACCAACCAUAUGUAUGAGGUUAGUGAACACAAUGCAUUUCUGAUGAUGUUACUUCGAGCACACUGUGAAGCUAAGCAGUCCAGACAUAUUCACGACACCGCUGAAAACAGAUCGGAAUUCCUCAAUCAGUAUUUAGGCGGUAGCACAAUCUUUAUGAAAGCGAAACGUUCAUUGUCCAGCAGUUUCGAUCAUUUAUUGAAGAGGAAAGCAAGUAAAGAUGAAGCUAGUUUGGCAAUACCACAGGUUGCUAAAAAGGAAGCUUCUCCUCUGUCUCAUGCUGUUGUGGACACGCCUUCAGAACCGUCAACACCUGAAAUACACCUUCCAGAAGGUUCUAGAAGUAAAUCCCAAUCACCAAGUGUACGGACACAGAACAGUGAUUCACCACCCUCUCCAAGACAAGUCAAUGCGUCUGGACUUGAAGAAGAAGGUGAAGAGAAGGAGGAACCUGGCACUCCUGUCAACUCACCCAUGAUGGAUAUUUUCAUGAAAGUAAGUGAUUCGCGGCCCGUUACCGCUGAAGUCGGAAGCGAUACAGACGCCACCUGGCGGCAGGCUAUAUACGAGAAAGUUGUGCAACCGCCAGAAUUACAAAAAGAAGGAGAAAUAUCAUCACAGAAGCUCCUGGGUAUACCAACAGCACCCCAAGGCAAGAGGACUAAAGAUCAGCUACGGCAGCUUUGGAAGUUGGCCAUAGACCAGACUAUAUUGCUGGUCAGGAUGGAGAAGGAAAAUGCCAGACUAAAGGAAAGCGAAGAGUCUUCAGCAGUUCGUCGUAUAAAACUAGAAUACACAGAGCUGGGUGUGUGUGAUGCUGGGGUCCUGCUGAUAUGGGACUCCCUGCUGUCCACAAAAGACUCCUCCAGACAAAUGGCCAAAGUCGACCGGCACAUGCUGACACAGGCAGUUAUACAGGGCGUGCCGCGUACGUCCCGCGGCGGCGUGUGGUACUUCCUGGCGGAGCAGGCGACUCUGAGUGCGCCGCCGUUGCCCGCACACUACCACGCACCGUACCGGACUCUACUCGCAGGACUCACCAAGCACCAGCACGCGAUACUCAUCGACUUGGGUCGGACGUUCCCAAAGCACUCUUACUUCGCGUCGGCCCUGGGUCCGGGACAGCUGGCGUUGUACAACAUACUGAAGGCGUACUCCCUGCUGGAUCCAGAAGUCGGGUACUGCCAAGGACUUAGUUUCGUGGCUGGAGUUCUGCUGUUGCAUACAGAAGAAGCUGAGGCUUUCGGAUUACUUCGACACCUGAUGUUCAGACGAGGGUUGCGCAGGCAGUACUUACCAGACAUGAGCGCCUUACAAGUACAGUUGUACCAACUCUCUCGUCUACUUCGCGAUCAUGAGCCGGAAUUACACGCGAAAUUGGAAUCACUGGAUAUAUCACCAGCUCUGUAUGCUGCACCUUGGAUGUUAACACUCUUCACUAGUCAAUUUCCCCUGGGUUUCGUCGUCAGAGUAUUUGAUCUGAUCUUCCUAGAAUCAUUCGAUGUGGUAUUCUCUGUCUCUCUCGCUCUCCUCUCCGCACAUAGAGAUGGUCUGAUGCUGUGCGAAAGUUGCGAAGAAGCAGCCGAAUAUCUUAAACACAAAAUGCCAGAUAUAGAUAAAGGGGUUUAUGAAAAAAUAAUGAGAAAGGUUCACUCGUUAGACAUCGGCAGACAGUUAAACGAUUAUGCUGUAGAAUACGCAGUAUUGAGAGAAGAGAUGCCGCGACUGGCGACGCUCACCGAGGAGAAUAAGCAUCUACUGGCAGAUAACAGUAGGAUGUCUGAGGAACUUGAUUCUGCAAUGGACGCCAUCAUGAAUUACCAGAAAGUUCAUGCAAAACUUGAAACUCAAAAUAAAAAUAUGGAGCAACAACUCACAUUACUCAGCCGAUAUAUGUCCGCAUAUCAUAGACAAGAAAUGCCCCCAGAAAUAAAGAAGAUCGUUCAAACGCACAGCAAAAAGAUAUCCUUCAGCUCAAAAAUUACCUCAUUCUCAUCAAAAUUCACGUCAAAUGACGAAGAAGAAGAGAGGAGGAUCUUCAAAACAGGAGUAAGCACUCCUAAUUUGUUCUCCAAAAUAACAAGAGAGGAUGUUGUGAAUGCAGCGAAUAUUGAAAAGAAACCUCAAGAGACCGAAAGGAAAUUCAUCAUGAAGAAAUCACAAUCUGUCCACUCAGGAUUGAUAAGUAACAAUUUGAAGAACUAUCCCUUGAAAGUAUUAGAUGAGAAGUUUGAAUUAAGUCCGAAGAAAUCGGACUCUUUUAGGACGGAAUUGACAAGCGAAAGUCUGCAGGACGCGGGUCGAAAGAAUUCUGGUUUCUUUGCGAAUACCCACGAGCAAAUUCGACAAGAGCGAAUGUUCGAGCAGCAAUUGAAACAUGACUUUGACGAGAAUUUGAAGAAAUUUGAUGAAAGAAGUACUUGCAAAUCGUACAUGGAUGAUUUGAAUAUGUUCCAAAGUAGAAAAACAAUGUCCUUGAAUUUAAACACUGUGUCGAAAGCGCAAGACAUAAAAUUGAACGAUAGCGGCUUUGUGACACCUUUAAGUCCGAAUGAAAGUGAACGAAGGGAUGAAUGUGUAUCAAAUGUGUCUCAUCCACUGAGCGAUUGCGAUGUGGAUAUAAAAUUUGAUGGACAAUCAACUAAACUAAAACAAAUAAGGCCUAUAAAGCAACCAAGUAGUAUUAAAUAAGUGAUUCGUUAUUGUUGAUGAUGGAAUGGUGAUCUCGCCUACACUAAUGGCAUAAAUACGCUAGUGUAUCAAUGAAAGAGGAAGGAUGAGCAUGAAAUUAGAUUAGCUAAUGGUGGUGUAUUCAUUAGGAAUUAACUAAGAUAGUUGAAUCGUGUGUCGACAGGGUACUUGCCCUUAUAUAUUACAAUGAUUUGGUAAUCUGAAAUGUUUAGUGUAAUCAAUUCGUACAAAUUGAUAUUACAUUUAAUUGUAAUAAUGAUGAAAUAUCUUUAAUUACUACUUGUAAUAGAAUUCAAAAUUCAGCGAUGGUUUUCUUUAUAAAAUCGUGUGUAAACUCUCCGCUAAAGUUAUAUAAAGAUUACUUAUUAGUUCAUUCAAAAUAGUUUCUAUAUCUUGACCCAUCGCUGGAUUAUGAAUUUAAAGAACAAAGUGUUUAGGUAAUAAAUUGUUUGAUUGUGUUCUAAAAAGCUGGUUGGCUUUAAAGCGUCUACACACGACCAUGUAAUCGGUGUCGAUAUUGAAGAUGUGAUGUGAAGCGCCCUAAAAUCAUGUUCUAGGAUUUUCGGAGGAGAAUCGUGAUCAUACAUAGCAAACAUGCUGACGGCCAACCUAAGAAUAAAUCGCAACCGUCCUCUAUAUACAUGAACUAUAUAAGGCGCUAUGUUAAUAUAAAUAAAAACAAGAGAGAAAUUUCAAAACUUUAUACAAAGGUGUCUACGUCAGACGGGAGUUGCCCUUCAGCCGCUUCAUCCGCGGAUUUGGAGUGCCAUCUGUACUUGCCCCCUAUCGUCCGGUGAAGCUGUAAAUGCCAGCUGCGGCCAAAAGCAUUAGAGUAUUAAAAAAAAAGUCUUAACCGAGACGAUCGUCUAACGUCAGGGAGAGAAAUAAAAAAUAAGGAGUUUUUUUGAUUAGUCUCUUUGACGAUUGAGUACAUAAUAAGCGAUUUUUAGGGUAAUGUGUAGACGUUUUUAUUCGCAUACCGCAUUGCCUAUAGUAUUAAUCUAAUAAUUAUACAGUAGUGGAAGUACAAAUAUAUCGAAAGCACGCUUAUAUAUAAAACUUAUGUACGGUACAAACACACGCUUUUCAGAAUUAUAUAAUAAUAAUAAGGUUCCUGAUAUUCUAAAUAUAGCCAGCUACAU